AUGUUUCAAUCACUUUUUAUAUCUGGUGUGAACCCAGAGACUCUUUUUCAAAUUCUGGACAUUCAAAGCGGUAAGGACUUUCCACUCGUCGACGAAGUCUUUAGGCGAUGGUUCGAUGAAAAAAGUAAACGGGGAGGAUGCGAUGGUGAUGUUGCUUCAGAGCCUUUGUCAAGACAAAAACAAAAAAUUGAAAAGUAUCACUACAGAAAUGUACAGAUACAUAAUCUUAAACCCAUUAACCAAUCGUAUGGUCUUCCAAGCAAUGGCAGGACAGUCUCCGCAUUUAUUAUUCAGAAUUCUGGACCUUGA